GCCCUGGUAACACUGGGUCAACGCUGGCGGUAACCCUCUCUCUACCUCCCGCCACGCUUACUUCUAUAACCUUACAUUUCAAAAUAGACACCAACACAACCAGUUAAUUAUUAUAAUAUUGUGCCAGUUUAGGAAAUUUCCUAUAUUAUGGAUAUUGCGUCUUUAAACAGAUGUCUUAUUAAGUUCUGAGGCUGUGCAAACUCUUUUAUUUGGGUUACUUAGUACAAAUAUUAUGUUUUGUAAUUGCAAUUUAUUUAUUUCCAAGACGAAAGGAAAUUUUACAUAUUUCUGGACACUUAAUAUAUAAACUUAAGUCUUAUAUUGAACUUCUGGAAAUUUGAUUUUUUAUAUCAGUUCAAAAAUGAGGAGGAUAUCCAAAAGGCGGGUUGAUGCUCAGUCAACAUGGAAGCAGAUGGCAGUAGAUGGAAAAACAAACAUGGUUGGCAUGUGUGCAAAAAUCAUAGAAGAAGAGGGAUCUGUUCUUCUGACAAAAGAGGGAAAACGGACGAAUUUACCUGAAAUAAUUUAUGAUUUGUUUUGGCAAGGCAUUUAUGGAAAUUUGAAGACCAACCAUAUUGUAUCAGCUUGCUCUCAGCUAAGCCAGCUAGACGAUGAGGUUCCUUCAAUUAUUAUGGAUGUCAUUAAUAUUUUUGAUGUGGAAAUGUUUAUAAUGGACCGUAAACCAAGGGAAAGGUUUGUUCGUCUUACCAAUAUAAUGGUUGCUUUAGAUCAAGAGUGGUGCUCUAAAGUUUGUCGGUCUGCUUUGGAAUUAGAGUCUCUUUCAGAAUUUGGCAUUAUUUCUAAAGCAUUUUCAACAAAAUCUGUCAAAAUUAAAACUAAACUUUAUUAUAAACAAAAUAAAUUUAACCUUUUCCGUGAAGAGAUUGAAGGAUAUGCUAAAGUAAUAGUAGAACUAAACAAAUGUUGUAAUCAGAAAAGCAGAAAUAUUGAUGAAGUCGUCGAAAGUAUCAAAUCAAUAAUUGGCUCAUUUAGUUUAGAUCCUACAAGAGUUAUCGAUUGUAUUUUAGAAUUAUUUCAAACAAAAUUAAAUGAACACCAGUUUUUCAUCGAAGUUUUGAAAAAAUUUGUAUUUGAAAGGGAUUUAAUGUGUGAAGUAAUCGGAUUUAGAUAUUUGAGAUUUGCAAAUUCAGUUACACCAAAAUCAUAUCAUAGUUUAAUAUGUAUCCUACUCCAUUUUGAAGUAGUAAAAAUUGAAGAAAUCUUACCUUGGCUUGUUCCUGAUGAGAAAACUUUACAGAAAUCACUUGAAAAUGCUGCAGAACUUAAUAAGCCUUAUAGAAAGGAUAAAAAUUACAAUGAAAGUGAUAAGAACCAGAAAUUAGGUCUUUGUGAGGAAGCACUUGCCAUGGGUUCAUGGAAGGUUUUUACUGAAUUAAUUACUUAUUUUCCUUCCGGUUAUUUAUUGGAUAAACCUAUAAUUGCAUUAUCAGUAGCCAGAUUGGUUCAUUAUUUGGUCGAUGGGCUGCUAGUUGAAUUACUUCAGGUUAAACCUGCCUCUAAGCGGAAAAUAAUCCCUUAUAAAUUUGAUCCUUCCCCAUUGACACCUUUACAGCCGAAAACUUGUGAAGAAUUGAGUGACCAUGUUUUUCCUAUUCUAAUAACCCUGGGUUCAUCACUUCACUAUGAUGUGAAAUUGCUGAUGAAAUUGGCUCGGCUGUUGGCAAAAGUUAUGGAGAAGGUUAAUGCUGAUAACAGCGGUAAACUAGAUUUCCUUCGAGGACAUAUUGCUGAUGUCAUCGUCUCCUCUUUGCUACCAGCUCUUUCAAAUUUGGAAGCUAAUUGUUGUGUCAGUGAAGCAUUUUGGGCCCUCAUUAAGAUGUACCCUUUGCAGAUGAGAUAUUCAAUGUACUACGUAUGGAGAGAAUAUGUUCUUAAACAUCAAGCUGUCCUCUCUAAGAAAUGUCAAGGAAAAGUAAAUAUGAAGUCUUGUAUGAAAAGGGUGAGCAAAGAAAAUGUAAAACAAAUUGGUCGCUUGUUGGGAAAAAUAUCUCAUUACUCACCAGCUACACUUUUCGAUUAUAUUCUAUUCCAAAUCCAAUUGUAUGAUAAUUUGAUUGGGCCUGUUGUUGAUUCUCUAAAGUAUAUGACCAGUUUAUCGUUUGAUGUCAUGGGAUUUUGUAUUUAUGAUUCUUUGCAAAAUGAUCCCAAAAAACGAGUGAAACAUGAUGGUUGUGCUAUUUCUCCUUGGUUCCAGAGCACUUCCUUAUUUUGUGCUACAGCUUUCAAAAAAUACAACGUUGACUUGUCUGGAAUUUUACUUUACAUAACUGAUCAGUUAAGUAGAAACAGCAGUGCGGAACUUGUUCUUUUAAAAGAAAUCAUGCAGAAAAUGGGUGGAAUUCUGAUAACUAAUGACAUGACUCCUCAUCAAAUCCAAGCUUUGGGUGGUGGGGAAAUAAUGAAAGCCGAAGCUGGUUAUUUUUUUCAACAGAAAAACUUCAAGAAAACUGCUGCCCGAUUGAAGGAAGCACUUGUCGACAACAACUUAACUGGGCCUCUUGGAAUGAUACUAGCUCAACAUAAAAAUCAUAUCAUGUUUAUGCAAAGUCAAAAAUAUGAUCUGCAGUUUGUUGGGCAGCUAUACGAUGAGUGCCAUGACACAUUACUGCAAUUUGUAACUUUUAUUACAUCAAAUAUCAAUGAAAAUGACAAUUUGAUGCCACCUUUGGUUGACCUUUUAUGUGUCAAUAAUCUUGAACCAUCUUCAGCAUUUUGCCUCUAUCGACCAAUAUUGCACUUUCAUGUUCAUCGCAAAUAUUCAUAUUCCUACAAAGGAACCUCUACUAAAUUCAAAUUCAAUACUGGUGAAAUUAUGUUUAAGUGGAUAAAAGAUAUUGGUCAUGUCUUCGAGCGCCUUUGGCCCACUAGAGAUUGGGAUGAAAUGUCUUCUGAGUUUGUAGGAGUAUUUUGGUCCCUCGAUUUGAGCGAUCUUACUGUUCCAGUCGAAGCAUAUAAUAAAGAAAUAACAAAGUAUAAAGAAUUGGAACAGUCAUCGGGCAAGCAGAGUAAGAGUGAUCAGGAAAAAGCCUCAUCAAUGCAUGAAAAACUAGCCCAAGAAUUGAAAGACCAAGAAUGCCAUGUCGCUAGCAUAUUAGAGAAACUGAAAGCAGAAAAAGACAAAUGGCUCCUCCCUGGACCAGUUAAGCCUUCUAAAAAUGAAAUGAUUACUCAGUUCCUUAGAAUUUGCAUAUUUCCACGAUGUAUAUAUUCUGUAUUAGAUGCUCUAUAUUGUGCCCAGUUUAUUCACACUUUACAUAGAAUCCAAACUAAAAGCUUCAGCACUUUAUUGUUCUAUGAUAGGCUUUUUUGUGACAUUACUUUUGCUGUCAUGUCAUGCACGGAAGAUGAAGCCAAUAGGUUUGGUAGAUUUCUCUGUGCUGUCUUAGAAAAUAUCAUGAGAUGGCACAAAAGUAAAGAGACUUUUGACAAAGAAUGUUCUAAUACGCCUGGGUUUCAGACUAAGUUUAGAUCUGGAAAUGAGUUAUCUGAGGACAAUGAUAAUGUUCAUUUCGAAAACUUCCGUCAUGUAUGCCACAAGUGGCAUUACAAAAUCACUAAGUCUCUUUUGUCAUUGCUUGACUCUAAAGAUUACAUUCAGAUAAGAAAUAGUAUUACAGUUUUGAUUAAGAUGUUACCAGUUUACCCAGUCAUAGAUAAAUUAUGCCUCUUUAUCGAUAGGAGGAUUGAUAAAAUAAAAGAAGUAGAAAAAAACAACAGAAAAGAUUUAUAUACAUUGGCGACAAGUUAUAGUGGUCAAUUAGUAUCAAGAAUUGAAAAUUGGUGUACAGAACAGGAUUUUCAUCUAGUCAGUGACCCUAAUUAUUCAGAUGAAACCCAAUCAGAAAACGAUUCUCUUGAAACAUCACCUAUUUCCUCACCAAAAGAACAGAACUCGCCCAAAUCUUCUCCAGAUGCUUCACCAGUAAGUUCUCACUCAUCGGGAGGAGAAGAUGAAGAAGAGGAAGAGGAGGAGGAGGAAGAAGAAGAAGAAGAGGAUGUCCAGGUGAAGAAAAAAUUAAAAUCAGACAAUGAAUCAAAAUCUCAAGAUGAGAGAAAAUCUUCAUCUCCUCCUCUCGAAAUGGAAAUGGAUGAAUACUUUAUUGAAAAAAAGUUGGAGUAUCACAGAUCUAGGGGGCACGAUGAUUUUUUCCAAUAUGAAGAUAAUAAUUUUGAUGAUGAUGAUCUUAUAGAUGUUUCUAAUUAUAGUUCUAAAAAAGAAAGGAAAUAUUCAUCCAGUGGGAAUUCCCACAAAAAAAAACCGGAUUCUCCGAGAGAUGAUAAAAGAAAUAACAGCAAUAGCAAUUCUAAGUAUUCAUCCGCUUCUCCGAGGAGUUUAUCUUCAUCCAAGGAUGAUCCUUCUAAGUCUAAAAAGUCCAAAACCAGGAAAUCCAGAACAUCAGAUCCAAAGAAAGAUAGGAAAGUUACUAAAAGGAGGGAAAAGCAUGGCGAAGAACUGGAUAAGUUGUAAAUAAUAGAUUUUAGUUAAAAUAGUGUAUAGCUGUGCAAUGAUGAAUUAAUUUUUAACUUAAGUGUGUAAUAUUCUAUGUAUAAAGAAUGAUAUUGUAUGUACCUAAAUACUGCUAAGAAAUAGAUAGUGAAACUGUAUACUUACAGGCAUCAUCAUUAUUUGAUGUAAUAAAGUACAUAUAAUUUGUAUGUGUUUAAUUUUAAAAAUAAAGGUUUUUCUUUUUUA